AUGGGAAAUGCUGAACAGACGUACCACACCCAGCAGUAUGAAUUCACCUUGCAGACAAACUCGGGUAAGAAGGUAAUCACAGCUUAUGGAAUGGAAAGAAUUACUGGCCCAGUUAGCACAUUGAACAACGAAGUUUUGAAGAGUCUAUUCCCGGAAUAUGAUCCCGAUUCACUCAAGAGAAAAUCAAACCAUGUUGACGUUCUUUUUGGAUGUGAUUACUAUGGAUUGCACCCUAAGCAUGAAGACUCUCGGCGCGGAGAUAAUCUGAGUAUAAUAAGUGGAGAAUUACGUGUCUGUCUUCAAGGUGCCCACCCCGAACUUGUCGAAGGAACUAAGCAUGAUUCAAAUCUCGCGAAAGUGAUUCAUGAAGUUAACGUUAAAGUGGAGACAUAUCAACUUCAUCUCGAGGAUCACCCUCAGUUCAACCUCAGUUCACCCUCACCACCCCCUUGUUCAGCUGAAGCAGAUCAGCCGUUUUACAACAUGACAAGUGGUGUUCAUCUGGUAAGAGAAAAACGACAAGAAAGUCAGGUUGGAAAAUUCAUUGAGGGCGAAGAGCUUGGCACUGAGACAAGCCCUCGUUGGGGCAGCUGUCGGUGUGGUAAAUGUCCUAUCCUUGGACACACGUACUCGUUCAAAGAAGAGCAAGAACUUAAAAUUAUUCGUGAGAAUCUAGAGUAUGAUGAUUCCAACCAGUGUUGGAUAACCAGUUAUCCUUGGAUCGUGGAUCUGCGUAGCCUAUCUGAUAACUAUAAUGUCGCCUUAGCAAUUUUCCCUUUCGUAAACGGUCGUUACCAUCCGGAACAGGCGUUACCAUCCCGAGUCUUAUAG